AUGUCGAAUAAUUCAGAAAAUUUUCUAGCCGAUCUAGAAGCUCUUCUAUCCGUUAACGAAACUGAAAGAUAUGAAAAAUUCUUAGCAGUGAUUGAUAAAUAUGGUUAUUUACAUAAACAUUCUAUACAAUCCGUAAAUGAAUUCGAUAAAAUUCAUAAUGAUUUACUCGAUUUGUUAUUUGAUGCAGAUAGUGGUCCGUCGCUUGGUCUCAGUAAAUUCGAUAAAUUUCAAUCUAUUAUGACGGAUUUACGUCGAUUAAUCGAAACUUUAGUCAUUCAACAUCGCAUUCAAGUCGAAAAGUUGAAUAUUACCGGCAUUACGAUGAAACGAUUAGAAGAUGAUGAAAUGAAAGAUUUAAAAGACUUGUUAUAUGAAACAGAAGAAUUUCAAAAAUUAGCGUUUGCAAUUUCUACACCAUUGAAGAAUACACUGUCACGACGUUUUCGAACGGAAGAAAUACGUAUGGAUCCAUUAGAUGAAGAUGUAAUUGAUGCAUUACUCACUGAUACUCGUCCUUUCGGUAUUUCGAAGGAAAAAUUCGACAGUAUUAGAUGUAUUUAUGAAGCUGAUACUAUUGAAAUUGAGUAUAAACAGAUUAUUGAAAUAAUUCAUUGUCGUCAACAACGUAAUGUAGAACAACACGAACUAUUGGAUCAAUAUGUACGACGAUGUAAAAAAUCUGGAAUGAAAUCAAAAUUUUCUGAUUUAUUAGAACAUCUUCAUUUACGCGGAUUAUAUAAAUACAAAACGCCAAAAAUGAAAAUAUUAGGAAAAAUUUUUGAUUUUUAUGUGACUCAUGAUGAAUACCGUUAA